GUUUGACUUUUACAGUAAGCGACCCGAUUUCACAAUAACCAAAAUAUUGUUGGCUACAUUGCUUAAUAGUCUCAUCUUGAGCAAUACCUCGGAGAUUGUAGAAGAUGGGGAACAUAAACACUGUUGGACCAAAUGAAGCACUGAUAAUUUCAGGAGGCUGUUGUGGCUCCCAAGGGAGGAAGACCAUUGUUGGAGGAUGGGGCUGGUCAUGGUGUUUAGUGACUGAUGUUCAAAGGAUAUCCUUGGAAGUAAUGACAUUGAACCCUGUAUGUGAAAGUGUAGAAACCUCUGAGGGUGUGCCAGUUACUGUGACAGGGGUCGCUCAGGUCAAGAUCAUGAAAGAACCAGAGCUAUUGAAGACUGCUUGUGAACAGUUCCUGGGAAAAAGUGUCCAUCAUGUUGAAUCAGUAAUUCUGCAGACAUUAGAGGGUCAUCUCAGGUCCAUUCUGGGUACUUUGACUGUGGAGGCAAUUUACCAGGACAGAGAUCAGUUUGCUCAGCUGGUAAGAGAGGUUGCUUCCCCAGAUGUGGGCAAGAUGGGGAUUGAAAUUCUUAGCUUUACCAUCAAAGACAUCAGUGACAAAGUGGAAUACCUGACGUCUCUUGGGCGAGCCCAGACUGCCAAUGUUAAGAGAGAUGCGGAUAUUGGUGUAGCAGAGGCAAACAGGGAUGCAGGAAUUAGGGAAGCAGAGUGUGACAAACAGCUGAUGGACACCAAAUUCCAAGCAGACACAAAGAUUGCCGAUUCUUCCAGGCAGUACCAGAUGAUGAAAGCCUCAUUUGAUAUGGAGGUCAAUGCAAAGAAAGCUGAAGCAGAGUUGGCGUACCAGCUACAGGGAGCUCGUGAGAGACAGAGGAUCAGACAGGAGGAGAUAGAGAUAGAAGUGGUGGAGAGGAGGAAACUGAUUGAUGUGGAGGAGAAGGAAAUCCUGAGGAAGGAGAAGGAACUGAUCGCUACCGUCAAGAGACCAGCAGAGGCCCAGGCUUACAAGGUGGAACAGUUGGCUGAAGGUCAAAGGAGACAGACAGUAGAGGUGGCACAUGCCGAGGCUGAGAGAAUCCGUCUGAUUGGUGGAUCUGAGGCUGGUGCAAUUGAGUGUGUGGGUAAAGCAGAGGCAGAGAAGAUGAGACUUAAGGCCUCGGCUUACAAACAGUACGGAGAAGCUGCUAUGUUAUCUCUGGUUCUGGAGACUCUGCCAAAGAUUGCUGCUGAGGUUUCCGCCCCUCUUGCUAAGACAGAUGAGAUUGUAAUGGUUGGAGAUGACAGAACGACCAGUGAAGUGAGUCGUUUGGUGAGCCAGCUACCUCCUGCUGUACAAGCCCUCACAGGAGUGGAUCUCUCUAAGGUUGUGGGUAAAAUCCCAGGUGCCACAUCAUAGAAGUUGUGUGUUUCUGAAACCCUGCAUGCAUGGCCAAUGGGACAAUUAACAAAUACCCGUUGUGGACAUUGUGUUAUUAUUGUGUAGAUUUCUUUUUUACACAUGUUGACAGUCCAUCGAUCGAUUAACCAUUAGCAGCAUAUAUAACAGUCAUAUUGUCUGCAUACUUAUACAUAUUCAUUAUAAGGGCUUUAGUAAACUUAUGUCAAAGUUAUAUUUCUGUUAAUUCUAUGCUAGUCAUUAUAAAUUCAGAUUUUUAUUCAUUUUGGGGAUUGAUUUCUUAAAGUAAUGACUUCAAAACAUCUGCCUUAUGAAACGGGGUUUGCUCAAUUGUAUUUUGAAGUGUGCUGGUAAUUUUUAUGUUUUAUGUUUUAUUAUUCAUAGGGUUAGUGAAAUGAAGGAACAUAAAGAUACAUGUACGUAGAGGGGAAGUAUAUGUAUAUUAAGCAUAAUACUGCUUAUACUCCAGUGAAGUUGUCAACAUAUAAGCUGCUAACCAGAGCUUUGGUAUGAGAUAAAUCAGUACUGGCAGCUAUUGUCCUAUUUAACUAAUUCUGUGUUGUUCUUUUUACUUUGUUUUAGUACUUUAUUGUACUUGUAUUUUAAACACUGAAGAAAUUUUGACAUACUGUUUGAGCUUCAUUUGGUAUCCUAAAGACUGAUAUGUACAUGUAUUUAUGUGAAAUCAGCAUUGAAGUUAAAAUUACAAUGCUUCUGUAAAGAUACAAUCAUGAUAUAUAUCCAUCUGCACAAUCUUGUAGAAAUUUUUGUUUUCUUCUGUUUUAAAACCUGUGUUUAUCACAUUAAAAUAUCAUAGAUUACUUUAAUAGAUGGAAAAUAAAGGUUUUUAAGUAAAUUUUGUUCUGACAGAUUCCUCUUAAUAUCCACUGAAUAAACCUUUUCAAGCUUACAUAUAUUUAAGAAGAAAAUCCUUUUAUGAUACAAAACCUUCACAUUUCAAUGCAAUGGCAUUAAUUUACAUGUAUUUCUAAAAUAUUUGUCCAAUGUAUAGUUACCCACCAACAUUGUGUAGAUUAUACUAGAUUUUUCUUUUUAUAUGUUGUAAUUUAAGCAAUAUUAUUUAGCAAACCAUUAAACUAAAUACAUAUUUAUAAUAUCCAUUAGCAUACCUUUCCAAUAAAGUUUUAAAUAAUGUGA